AUGCAGGACAGGACCACCGGCUCUACGAUAAUGCAGGAGACGAGUUGCUUGGUCAUUAUUGUCUGGCAGCCUACACCAUACAGUGCCCUUGGACUGUGCCGUGGAACUAACGCUCGCCGAAAAUCGCCGCAGUUGUCCAAGCCAACGACGACUUCCUCGUACAUCGGGCCAGGACAUGUAAUGCCUGACGCAGUCCGAGAUGUGGCAGGCUUCCAGCAGGUGAUGGGUCUCUCAGGUUACAGACAAUAUUGGAAAAUAACUCAACACUUGGGCCAUCCAUCUGCAAGAUUAUCGCCGGCAUCACACGCGUACUAUUGGCAGAUGGCAGCUGCUAUUCUUGUACCAAAUCCCAGACCUCGAGCGAUGCAGUUCAAUUUCGUAUUGGGCGCCUUGACCACCUUUUCUUAG